AUGACGAGUCAACCUCAGCCUUGGUCUCAUCACCCUCCGGCGCACUACCAGCAACCGAGCACCGAUCCGCGAGGAGUAGAGAAUUAUCUUGCGUCCCAACAACAACAACAAGCGGCGUACUCCCAACCCCAACAAUCUACAUAUCCAAACCAACAACCAAUGUAUUCGAACCAACAACCAGGAUACGCCCAACAACCGGUUUCGACUUACACUCCUCCCGCUCAAGCCUACGCCCAGAGCCAACCGCAAGUAUACACACCAAACUCGGCGUACCCACAACACGCUCCAUCUCUACCGCCUCCCCCACCUCACGGCGCCAAUCGACAAAUGUCUCUUCCUCUGAACGUUUCUCAGGGACCUAGUGCAUUUGUCCACCCGCCUUCUGGACACGCUCAACAACCAACUGAUACGUCUGUAGAAGCACUCGAUUUGGCAGAGUAUUCUGCGAGAUUGAACGCUCACCCAUCAAUGCCCAAACUCAGUCCGGGUAUGGGUCUCCGGUCCCAAAUGGUAGCCCAGAAUCAGCCGAACUCGGGGUAUCCAUCUCAACCUCCUGCCAACUACCCAUCUCAACCGGCUCAUCAGCCACAACCUGCUUCGAAUUAUAAUCCCAAGCCACCUGUGCGGGCGGGUACAGCCAACGUGGGAGACUUUAUCGACGUCGGGCCGUUUACGUAUUCUGGCAUUCGAGAGAUGAGUCCGCCUCCUAAAAGGCAAGAGUCGCCUCAGCGGCCUGUGAGGCAGGAAUCCCCACAACGACCGCGCCAUGAAUCUCCGCUGAGACACGAGUCGCCGCAACGACGCAACGAGUCUCCGCAGCGACCCCAGGCCCAGUCUCCCCCUCCUACUCGGGGCCACUUGCCGUGGGCAUCGGAAAACACGAAUACCAACGAUCAAGACCUUGGUGAUCCGGACUUGGUUUACCCGCCUUCUACACCGAACCGAAACGACGCGAACAGUUUUCCGUUUAAUGUCCAAGCCGCACAAGAGGCGGCCUCACAGGCCUCUCAUAGUCCCGAAGAACACAACCAAAACGAGACGUCGUAUUUCUCGCCCGAUCCGGAAGCUCCAUCCAAGCAAGAGGAGAAGAAGGAUUGGGGUGUGAGAGACGGAGAGUGGGGGCAGCCGGGAGAUGUGAACGAGGACGGCAAGUUGAUUUCGAAUGGGCCGAGGAAGCGGAUGGCUGUCAGGGCGUUGGAGGUGUUGUCUGCGAUCGGAGCGGUGAUUGCGUGCAUUUAUGCGUUUGCUGUUCCCAAACCGAAUCCGGCUGCGCCGCCUGCAUCUAAACCCGCCGUAUACGUGAUUGUGGUUCUCGGGUUUGGAACAUAUUUGUGUUUGCAUAUAUCUACAUUAUCCGAGGACUCUUUGGAGUAG